GCGGCGGUGGCCGCGAUGAUGGAGAUCCAGAUGGACGAGGGCGGCGGCGUGGUGGUAUACCAGGACGACUACUGUUCGGGUUCGGUGAUGUCCGAGCGGGUGUCGGGCCUGGCGGGCUCCAUCUACCGCGAGUUCGAGCGCCUCAUCCACUGCUACGACGAGGAGGUGGUCAAGGAGCUCAUGCCGCUCGUGGUCAACGUGCUCGAGAACCUGGACUCGGUGCUCAGCGAGAACCAGGAGCACGAGGUGGAGCUGGAGCUGCUGCGCGAGGACAACGAACAGCUGCUCACCCAGUACGAGCGGGAGAAGGCGCUGCGCAAGCAGGCCGAGGAGAAAUUCAUUGAGUUCGAAGAUGCCUUGGAACAAGAGAAGAAAGAGCUACAAAUCCAGGUGGAACACUAUGAGUUUCAGACGCGCCAGCUGGAACUGAAGGCCAAAAACUAUGCAGAUCAGCUCUCCCGGUUGGAGGAACGGGAGUCGGAGAUGAAGAAGGAGUACAACGCUCUGCACCAGCGACACACAGAGAUGAUACAGACCUACGUGGAGCACAUUGAGAGGUCCAAGAUGCAGCAAGUUGGUGGAAACAGCCAGACCGAGAGCAGCCUGCCAGGGAGGAGGAAGGAGCGCCCCACCUCUCUGAACGUCUUCCCCCUGGCCGACGGCACGGUACGUGCACAGACGGGGGGCAAGCUCGUGCCUGCGGGGGACCACUGGCACCUGAGUGACCUCGGCCAGCUGCAGUUCAGCUCCAGCUACCAGUGUCCGAACGACGAGAUGUCCGAGUCGGGCCAGUCCUCGGCGGCUGCCACGCCCAGCACCACAGGCACCAAGUCCAACACGCCCACAUCCUCUGUGCCCUCGGCCGCGGUCACGCCCCUCAAUGAAGGCAUGCAGCCCCUGGGGGACUACAGCGCCGGCACCAAGAACAACAGCAAGCGGGCUCGGGAGAAGCGCAACAGCCGCAACAUGGAGGUCCAGGUCACGCAGGAGAUGCGGAAUGUCAGCAUAGGCAUGGGCAGUAGUGACGAGUGGUCUGAUGUUCAAGAUAUUAUCGACUCCACCCCAGAGUUGGACAUGAGUCGGGAGCCCCGCUUGGACCGCACGGGCAACAGCCCGACCCAGGGGAUCGUGAACAAGGCUUUCGGCAUCAACACUGACUCCCUGUACCACGAGCUGUCGACUGCGGGGUCCGAGGUCAUUGGGGAUGUGGACGAAGGGGCCGACCUGCUAGGGGAGUUCUCAGGAAUGGGCAAGGAAGUGGGGAAUCUGCUGCUGGAGAACUCUCAGCUUCUAGAAACCAAAAACGCGCUGAACGUGGUGAAGAACGACCUCAUCGCCAAGGUGGACCAGCUGUCUGGGGAGCAGGAGGUGCUGAAGGGGGACUUGGAAGCUGCCAGGCAGGCCAAACUCAGGCUGGAGAGCCGCGUCAAGGACCUGGAGGAGGAGUUGAGGAGAGUGAAGUCAGAGGCCAUCGUUGCCCGCCGUGAACCCAAAGAAGAGGUGGAGGAUGUAAGCAGCUAUCUCUGUACAGAAUUGGACAAGAUCCCCAUGGCGCAGCGCCGCCGCUUCACGCGGGUAGAGAUGGCUCGCGUGCUCAUGGAGCGCAACCAGUACAAGGAGCGGUUGAUGGAGCUGCAGGAGGCCGUGCGGUGGACCGAAAUGAUCAGAGCAUCCCGAGAGCACCCAUCUGUCCAGGAGAAGAAGAAGUCCACCAUCUGGCAGUUCUUCAGCCGCCUCUUCAGCUCCUCCUCCAGCCCCCCUCCUGCCAAGCGGUCCUACCCCUCAGUGAACAUCCAUUACAAGUCGCCCACCACGGCCGGCUUCAGCCAGCGCCGCAGCCAUGCCAUGUGCCAGAUCUCUGCCGGCAGCCGGCCCCUGGAGUUCUUCCCCGAGGACGACUGCACAUCCUCUGCCCGGCGGGAGCAGAAGCGCGAGCAGUACCGCCAGGUGCGCGAGCACGUGCGCAACGACGACGGGCGGCUGCAGGCCUGCGGCUGGAGCCUGCCGGCCAAGUACAAGCAGCUGAGUCCCAACGGGGGCCAGGAGGACACACGGAUGAAGAACGUGCCUGUGCCCGUGUACUGCCGCCCUCUGGUGGAGAAGGACCCCACCAUGAAGCUGUGGUGUGCCGCGGGCGUCAACUUGAGUGGCUGGAAACCCAGUGAUGACGACUCUGGGGAGGGAGUCAAGGCUGCGCCAGGCCGUGACCCUCUGACCUGCGACCGAGAAGUGGAAGGAGAGACCAAGAGCAACCACACGUCUCCCGAGAAGAAGAAGGCCAAGGAGCUCCCUGAGGCGGACGCCACCUCCAGCCGGGUGUGGAUCCUCACCAGCACCCUGACCACCAGCAAAGUGGUGAUCAUCGAUGCCAACCAGCCGGGCACUGUCGUGGACCAGUUUACCGUCUGCAACGCCCACGUCCUGUGCAUCUCCAGCAUCCCUGCGGCCAGCGACAGCGACUAUCCUCCGGGAGAGAUCUUCCUGGACAGUGACAUGAACCCUGAGGACUCCAGUGCGGACGGCGUGCUGGCUGGCAUCACCCUGGUGGGCUGUGCCACCCGCUGCAAUGUGCCACGCAGCAACUGCUCCUCCCGAGGGGACACCCCAGUGCUGGACAAGGGCCAGGGGGAGGUGGCUGCUGUCGCCAAUGGCAAGGUCAACCCAUCUCAGUCCACGGAGGAGGCCACAGAGGCCACUGAGGUGCCAGACUCUGGGCCCAGUGAGGCAGACGCAGCUGCAGUGCGGCCCGGGCCCCUCACAGAGCACGUCUUCAUGGACCCGGCCCCCGCGCCACCCCCUAGUGCCCAGCCUGGCAGUGAGAACGGGCCGGAGGCCGACGCAAGUGGGGUACAGCCAGAGCCGGAGCCCAGUGGAGCCCCCGCGGGGGCCAGCAGCAGUGCCGCACCCACCAUGUGGCUGGGAGCCCAGAAUGGCUGGCUCUACGUGCACUCUGCCGUGGCCAACUGGAAGAAAUGUCUGCACUCCAUCAAGCUGAAGGACUCGGUGCUGAGCCUGGUGCACGUGAAAGGCCGAGUGCUGGUGGCUCUGGCAGACGGGACUCUGGCCAUCUUCCAUAGAGGCGAAGAUGGCCAGUGGGACCUGAGCAACUAUCACCUGAUGGACCUGGGCCACCCCCACCACUCCAUCCGCUGCAUGGCCGUCGUGUAUGACCGCGUGUGGUGCGGCUACAAGAACAAGGUGCACGUCAUCCAGCCCAAGACCAUGCAGAUCGAGAAGUCAUUUGACGCCCACCCGAGGCGGGAGAGCCAGGUGCGGCAGCUGGCGUGGAUUGGCGACGGGGUGUGGGUGUCCAUCCGCUUGGACUCCACGCUGCGGCUCUACCACGCCCACACCCACCAGCACCUGCAGGACGUCGACAUCGAGCCCUACGUCAGCAAGAUGCUGGGCACAGGCAAGCUGGGCUUCUCCUUCGUGCGCAUCACGGCCCUGCUCAUCGCGGGCAAUCGCCUGUGGGUGGGCACCGGCAACGGGGUCGUCAUCUCCAUCCCGCUGACUGAGACCGUGGUCCUGCACCGAGGCCAGCUUCUGGGGCUCCGAGCUAACAAGACAUCCCCCACGUCCGGGGAGGGGGCCCGCCCAGGGGGCGUCAUCCAUGUGUAUGGCGACGACAGCAGUGACAAAUCAGCCAGCAGCUUCAUUCCCUACUGCUCCAUGGCCCAGGCCCAACUCUGCUUCCACGGGCACCGCGACGCAGUCAAGUUCUUUGUCUCAGUGCCAGGGAACGUGUUGGCCACGCUCAAUGGCAGCGUGCUCGACAGCCCGUCAGAGAGCCCCGAGCCGGCUGCCCCCUGCUCAGACGCCGAGGGCCAGAAGCUGAAGAACGUGCUGGUGCUGAGCGGCGGGGAGGGCUACAUCGACUUCCGCAUCGGCGACGGGGAGGACGACGAGACAGAGGAGAGCGCAGGGGACGUGAGCCAGGUGAAGCCCAUGCUGUCCAAGGCUGAGCGCAGCCACAUCAUCGUGUGGCAGGUGUCCUACAGCCCCGAGUGAGGCUGUGCCCACCCCGCCCGCCCGCGGCCACCCUGUACAUACGACCCCGCCCGCCUGCCCACUGCCCGCCCCCAGGCAGCCAGGCGCCUGUCCGCCCCUCUUCUCACCUCUCAGCCCGCAGCUUUCACCUUAGCCCGGGCCUCUCCACGAGCUGGCAGGGAGCAGCAGUGGGUCUGGCUGCGAAGGCAGCGGGAAUCAGGUGGCCUUCUCACCAGGGAGGGGCACCUCUCGGACACCCUUUCCCCAGCAGCUCCUGGCUGGCACCCAGCCCAAAGUCCUCAAGUCCCCAGGGCACUUCAGGGCCAGAGCGAGGCAGAAUCCUGGGGUGCGUUGGGCUGGGGAAAGCCCCGCAGGUGGCUCCCAGCUCCCCCCGUGGUCCCCACCCCUGUCACUCACUCCCAGGACCCCAGGGUGGGAAGCAGAGACUUCACCCCACCAAGUCUUCCCACCCUGAGCCCACUUGCCUGCUGCCCUCGGGGUAAGGGUCCGACCUUAAGGGAGCCAGCCAGCUGCUAGCCUUCCCUGGGUCCCCCCACCCAAUCCUUGCUGCCCCAGAAACUGGCAUGAAAGCACGUAACCAGGCUCUCGGGGGCAGCUGCUUGAGAAGACAGGCAGAUGCCCUCACCCCGCUCGAGCCCCCUGAUCCUUCUUGUGGCAGAUCUCACAGGCCCUCACUGACCCGUGUCUGUCCCGUCAUCCCCCCACCCCCCACGGCCACUGUCCCUGGGCAAAAGACCCACCUCAUAGGAGCAGGCCCUGGAGUCCUGCCCCUCCCGGAAGCCCCUAGGGUGGAAUUUCUCAGGCUGUCAGGGCAGGCCCAGGCCUCAGGAAGAAGGGGAGGCCACUGGCCUCUCCUGGGGUCAGUCCUAGGACGCAGGCUAAGCCUCAGGGUGACACGGAAGGUGUGUUCCAGGGCCUGCCUCCCGCGGGGUCUCCAAGAAGCCCAGCUCCCAAGACACACUACUAAGUGCCUAGGGCUAGAGGUGUGGCUGGCUCCCUUGAGGGCGGCUGGCAUGGGCUGUAGAGCAGAAGCCCAAAGGGCUAAGGACAGGAGCCGCCUCCAGCUGGCUCUAGGCGUGCAUGCCCUGCUCUGAGGGGCGCCGCCCUGGACCGCCGCUGCCUCCACCUGCCCGGCCCAGGCCUUGCUCCUGCUCCCAGAGGCACUGAUGAGGGCAGCCCCAGGCCCUGCUGCCCACCCACCUCCUCCCGCCAGAGAAGCACAGAUCUUGGGCAGCCAUCUCAUGAGCCCAGCUGGACACCACGGCAGCCAGUGCAGCUGCAGGCUUCCCACCGCCCUACCACUCUCCACUGUGAUGUCAUCAGGUCCCUUGUCUGUUCCCACAGGGCCGUGAAGUGACUCGGGGGUUAGUGAGGUGGGUGCAGUGGAGGAAGGGGCUGGGUGACGAUUCUCCUCAGGCUUUGGCCCUGCAAGCGAACCCACGUAUCUGCUCUGUAUGUAAUACAUGUCUUAAUAUC